AUCAUUACAGUACGUGUCGGCGCGUUGUCGCACCAGAAGUGUCUCUAUCUUGUGCCUGAUCGAUUUGCUCGAAGAUAUAUACACAUAUUUUUGAGCAAAUUUGUAGAUUGGAUUGGAUUACCCGGGCUUCCAAGCAACGAGGGUAUCCACAAAACGAAUGAAGAUCUAUGCAGGAUGGUACGCCGCUUGCGCUAUACUCUGCGUUUAUGCGCAUCCGGCAAGAGACCGAGCUAACGAGAUGUACAUUACCAGCUCGAGAUCGUACGAUCCGAAAUCAACAGCUGACAGCUAUGACUUUGAGGAACAGUUAUCUGCGACUAAAUUAUUUGAGAUCCUUGAAGACAGUCAGGAGUUCGAAGAGCAGAAAUCAUCGUCGACGAUGAGAGCAAUCGUUACGAGGGCUCAUCCAGUCUUAUUACCCUUGAUCAUAGAACCUGAGGCGGAAAUGUUGCCGGCCGGUUAUAAAGGCGUGAAGCCACCCGGAGUUACUCACAUGGAGCUUGCGAAACCUCAAACUGACCCGUCUGGUCGCAAGAGUGCGACGUUACGAGCUUCGACAACGGACGACGAUAGUUCUGGUAAAUCUGGCGAAUAUGAUCAAGAUGACGAUGCGCAUUACGCUGCGUCGAAGCAUGAGACACAGGUCGCAAGAGAUGAUCGCGGUACUAGCAAUCUCUUUAUCUUCGAGGUAGGUUCGAAGGGCGACAGGAGAAAGGAGAAUGAGAAGGCUGAGUAUACUGAAGUCUCUGGUGCGAGUAAAAGCCGUUCCGUAAACGAGGAUCGCGCAAAGAAUCAUAAAGAAGAAGUCAUGAAAAAGAAGGGAACUAUUACCUACAAAACUGGAGAUGAUAGCAAGAAGACCCAUAACACCGCCGGAUACCAUAACAUUUAUCACAAAGAUGAACUCAAAAAGGAUGCUGAUUUCUAUAAUAAUGGACGUCAAGGUGGACGUUUUGAAAAUCAUAGUCGAUACGGUGAAAAAUAUGCCAUUGCUGAAGGCACGUAUGCAAAAGGCAAGAACAACGAUUCCAGAUUUGUCGAGAAGGAAGCCAACCAACAAAAGAAGAGAGAAGAAUUCGAGAAGAUGAGAGAACCGAGAAGCCCAAGGUCACGCUACGAUGGAUUCCUCUUAGGAACUUGAACGGAUUCAUAAAGACGAGCUUAACGAAGGGUUGAAAGUUAGCUUUCAGCAACGACGACCCAAGUAUUAACAUGUAUGACGCUUGCGUGAGUCGCCAUACAAUUGUACAGUAACCGUUAAUUAAUUAAUUGAAAGAUAAAUACAAAAAUGUUAUAACAAAUGUACAUUUAUUCAUAUAUUUGCGCGUACAUUUAUUAUAUUCCACUUUGUGUUUCGUGUAUGCACGCACGUUGCGCGUUUAAUAAAAUAUAGAAUUAUGUAAGCGUAAGUCCUCUUUUGCCUCUUUUGUUGUAU